CGCGUAUGUGGUUUGUUAUGUUCGUACAUAAUAAUGGCGCCCAGAUAUGAAGCUCGGGAGGCGGGAGGGAGCGUCUUUCUUCGCUAUCGCAUUUGCCAUCGCGCUACGUAAAGCUUGAAAUCUAGCCCUUGGGGUUUCCCCGCAGCUUGGGUCCGCGCCGGCGUUUUGCACGCGACAAGCCAGUCUCGUAUUUUUUCCCCAAGGACCCUUUGUGACGUCUACUGUGGUCUGCACUCCUUCCAUCCUUCCGUCCUUCCACGUUGCUUGUCCUCCUCCUGUUUUCUCGUUCUACAAAGGUCGCAUGCGCGAACGGCGGCCGUCUGAAAAGAGCUAGAUUUGGAUCGCUAGAAGCGGCGGGAUAUCGGCAAGAAGAUGGUCAAGAGAAGUCUUUCCCUCGCGGGGAGCGGAGGAGGUAGGAGGAGGGAGUCAAUAACAGAUCCGAGUGCGGAUGCAGCCCUCGCGAAGAUGGGCUACCAGUCCGAGUUGCCGCGGAAUCUGAGUAUGCUCAGUGUGCUGGGAAUGUCCUUUGCCAUCAUGGCCGUUCCAUUCGGAUUAUCGACAACCAUGUCUAUCACUUUGACAGACGGACAGAGCGUCACGAUUCUGUACGGAUGGAUCUUAGUGUCCUUGAUCUCGCUGUGCAUCGCGGCUUCUCUGGCUGAGAUUUGCGCCGUGUAUCCGACGGCUGGGGGUGUAUAUUAUUGGUCCGCCAUGCUCUCGACGCGCGAAUGGGCUCCUAUCGCUUCUUGGGUUACGGGGUGGCUGACCUUGGUCGGGAACUGGACUGUUACACUCUCUAUUAACUUCUCGGGGGCUCAGCUCAUCUUGUCUGCCAUUACGCUGUGGGACGUAAAUUUCGUGCCGAAUCAAUGGCAGACCGUCUUGGCUUUCUGGGCCGUCAUGUUGAUCUGCAUGAGCGUCAAUAUCUUUGGCGCAAAGUACCUUGAUCUGAUCAACAAGAUCUGCAUCUACUGGACCGCAAGCAGCGUCAUCAUUAUUCUAAUCACCCUCUUGACAAUGGCGGACACCAAGCGGGAUGCCGAUUUUGUUUUUACACAUUACGAUGCCAGUCGGAGUGGAUGGCCAUCCGGCUGGGCCUUCUUCGUUGGCCUGCUCCAAGCUGCUUAUACGCUCACAGGAUAUGGAAUGGUUGCAUCCAUGUGCGAAGAGGUGGCCUAUCCAGAACGCGAAGUGCCCAAAGCCAUUGUGCUCUCUGUGCUGGCAGCUGGUAUUACCGGCGUUGUUUACCUGAUCCCGAUCCUCUUCGUGCUCCCCGACGUGGAGUUUCUGCUCGGUGUAGCGAACGGACAACCCAUUGGGUUGUUAUUCAAGACGGUAACGGGAUCUGCUGCCGGUGGUUUCGGCCUUCUUUUCCUUAUCCUCGGCAUCCUAUUCUUCGCCGGCGUAGGCGCCCUCACAGCAGCGUCCCGCUGCACCUAUGCCUUUGCGCGCGACGGCGCAAUCCCCGGCUCGCGAUUUUGGAUGAAAGUAGACAAGCGUUUCGAUAUCCCUCUCAUGGCGCUCGUUCUCUCAACAACCGUCGACUGCCUCCUCGGGCUUAUAUUCUUUGGCUCCAGCGCGGCUUUCACCUCUUUCACGGGCGUAGCCACAAUCUGCCUAUCGACAUCAUAUGGCAUGCCCAUCCUAAUCUCCGUCCUCCGCGGGCGCAAGGCCGUCAAGAACUCUACCUUCAGCCUGGGGAGAUUUGGGUACGCCAUCAACAUUGCCAUGGUAGUCUGGAUCGGCUUGGCCGUUGUGCUGUUCUGUAUGCCGGUCAGCCUACCUGUCACUUCAGCUACUAUGAACUAUGCCAGCGUGGUCUUCGCGGGCUUUGCUAGCAUAUCAGUAGCUUGGUAUUUCAUCCGGGGUAGAAAGACUUUUACCGGGCCACCGGUACCGCAGGAUGUUGCCCCUGGAGAGCAAGUGCCUGUUGCAGGUCUAGCUGUUGAGGAGAGUCGGCAGGAUAGGAUGGGAGACGUUGAGGGUAAAGGGGAGAAGCUGAUCACUAGGUCAUCUCGUGAGAGCGAACGGAGCAGGGUAAGGUCGCCGUACAACUCCUGAUGGACUACUCCCAACUGCACAUUGGCCCGUAUACCCCUAAUCAUGUAUGUGUUAUAGUAGACUUUGUGUUAAGCAGCUAGAAUGCUAGCAAGCAGAUUGUACAAUUUGAAGUCUUCUAUAAAGUCGAUCUUACAGAUAGUAUUUGAAAUGUUAUUAGUAUGGACGCAAAAGUCGUCGUCCCUCGCGCA